AUGGCGCAAGUCAACUCGCAGCAUAUCCCUGGCAAUUUGAACUUCCUGGCCAACCGCAAGGGCUGGUCCAGGAACUUCACGCUCUCCCCGGCGGAGGUUGGCAACAUCACCUACGCGACGCUCGAGCAGAUCCUCGAGCUCCGCACGAUCAACCUCCGCGGACGCCGCCUCCGCGUCUACGUCGAGCAUCCCGCCGGGAGCGGGGUCUGGGCGCCCGUGCGCCCCUGGUCGGACGACGGCACGCUGCAGUCCGAGCUCGUCAAGGCGUUCUUCGCCGACCGCAUGGAGCGCGGCGUCGUCACAGUCCUCGACGUGCGCGACGUCGCGGAGCCCGAUAUCAACCCCCACGCACCGAUGCACCCGCGCGGCUGGCUCCGCCGGGGCAACACCCUCACGAAACAUACCAGUUCACGGAGCGACCUGCAUGAUUCGGAUAUGGACCCGAUGUCAACGGAUUCACGCUCGGGGUUCUUUGGGCGCUUCAAGGGCUCGUCGAAGGAUAACAUGCCCGAACUGCCGUCUUCGCAUUCGCUUCCGAGUCCGCCCCAGACGCAGAGUGAUGAGAUGGAGGGCGAGGAGAUGGAGAUGAUGGAGGAGCAUGGAUGGCGUCCCGCGAACGUGAUCCGGCGCUUCACGGGCUCGCGCAAGCGCAAGGACACGACGAGCGGGAAGUCGAAGGGGAUCAGCAAGGAUAAUGUCGGCUCGCCUAUGCCUGUUCAUCAAGCGCCGACGCCUGCGAGGCAGGAGAGCCCGAUUAUCGACCCGACCGAGUUCGAGCCUAUGGAUAUGCGCGAGACGGCCGAGUCUGCGGCAGAGAAGAAUGUCGGGCUGCGCAGGCUGCUAUCGCGCAAGUCGACGAAAGACGUCAAGAGUGUCGCUUCGUCACCACUAUCGUCCGAUAAGCCGCCCUUCGUGCGCACAGCGAGCGACGUCGGAGUCUCAAGCGCACAGUUCCAGAAGUCCGGGCACAUGUCCAUGGGCACGGACGAGGGAUACAGCACAGCGGAAACGGCCGGCGAACCCAAUAUGACAUUUGCGCCGUCCCCCGCUAUGGUCGUUUCUGGGUUCGGUCUUGCGACCCCAUCUGCACCGGGAUCGAGCUCGUCGGGUAUGCCUUCGUUCGGCGUACCGAUGCCACCUGGUAUACCCAUGCCUCCCGUCAGCGGCAACGGUAUGAAGCGCAUAUCAGAGGUACCGACUAUGGACUCAUCAGACACCACCAUGCCGCCACCGUCGAACAUGGCCCCAGAGCGCAUCACCAGCAUCCGCUCCGAGACGCGCACAUCGCUCAGCAGAGCGCCCUCUCCUCGCGGUGCGCGCGCGCCUUCGCCGCCGAAACACCCGUUGCCAUCUGUGCCGACGACCGCUACUGUACCGAGCGAGUGCGGGAACUACGAUCAGCUGGAUCAUGCUGAGGUUAGGCAUGCGAAGGCUGCGUCGACGGGGAGUAAGCUCGUUGAGAUGAUGCAGCCUGAGCGGCCUGUUAUGGCUGUUCACUAG